AUGCAGACUACGCUCGACAUUCACCCAAUUCAUGUUUCUGCUUUCCGCACAUUCAAUGCUGUACUUGCUCGAUUUCAGACUAUCGAUACCAAUUUAGCGCAUCUGAAGACAGUCGAGGACAGAGUAGCAAAAUUGGUGGACGAGUUGCAUGAAAAGGGAAAAGCGAUUCAAAAGCUGGAAGAACAAAACUUAUCGUUGUCCGAAACCAUGACCAAUUUGAAAUCCAACGUUUCAAAGAAUUCCAUAGAAACACCCCAAGCAUCAUCGGUGAUCGAAGAAUCGCAAGCUAUUACCAAUGAACUGCGCAGGGAACAGCAACUCACUCGGCAGACACUCGAACAAACUCAAAACAGGCUGACGCAACUGGAGGAGAAUGAGAUACACAGAAGACAGGCUGAGACCCGGAAUAUGCAGAACAUCAAUGAUAGACUACUCACGGAACUACAGCUCAUGCGACAGACAAUGGAAGAAACUCAGAAGAGGCUAACGAAGUUGGAAGAGCAAGAAAGACACAGAGACCAAGCUGGAAUCCCGAAUCUUGAGCGUGAAGAGCUUGCAACAAGAGGAAAAGGUGGCGACAAUCACAAACACACGAAAGCCGAUUUACAUUCGCAACCAUCUGAAAUCGUUAACGAAUUUCUUCAAAUCCCAUGGGACGCUGCCGUGUUGAGGCAUGAAACCAUGCUGUCACAACUGACGAAUUUGAAUCCAUAUGAACCAAGCACCAAACAGCUCGUCAAGAAGAUCCACACUGAUUCAAUUGCCAGAUGGGCCAAACCUGAUUCAGUGUUGAGCAUGGAGUUCCUAAAUUCGGUGGUCAACCAAAGCACGUUGUUACGUGCGUUGGGCUAUGCGGAUCUAGGCAAUUUUGUGAGUUUUCAACUACAAAAAUAA